CUGGAGUCUGGAUGUGCGGAGAAUCCGUCGAGCUUCAAACAUCAGGCCCGAAGGAACAGGAAGUUUUCCAGACCCCUGGGAACACAUGCUUGCAUCACAUUAAUCAGCUUGUCGGCGCUGGCGUGCACAGCGGCACACAGAAAGAGCAGUCUCCUCCAAGUAGGGCAUCUGUAAACUUGAAAGGAAAGGAAUUUUGAAAGGAAUUUUUUUUGUCCCCUGCCAGAUGUACAAGUUUCGGGUCUUUCUUUGCCCUCUGGAAAUGGAAGGAGAACAAUUUAUUUUUCCUUCUUAUUCCUCACCUCCAGGUGCUUCUCCGGGUUUGUGGUCCAGUCAGUCCAGCUGUUGCCUGUGUACCGGUUGUGGAUUCUGAGUUACAAGAGGGUCUUUUCUUGUAUGAGCAGUGAACAGUCUUGGAAAGUGAUGUCAUUAUUACAAUACACACGGGAUGGUCUGAUGACUAAAUCUGUGUGCUGGCAGAGUUGGGUCCCUCGACUUCAAGGCUCUGCUCUUCACAAGACAGACAAGAUUUAAAGCUUUCAGAAUUCUGCAGGUCUCACGGCACAGUUCCUGGUGUCUCAGAUACUGGCUAAAUGAAAGUAGGACUGCGGUUGGUUUCGGUUCCCCACUGAGCGCUCGUUCUGCGCAGGGACACUUGACCUCGUCGUUCUCCCCUCCGUGGGAGUUCUGCUUCCCACAAUGCACAUGCAGUGCUCUGCUUCCCAGAAUGCUUCUGCACACCUGGCCGGGCCCUGAAUCUGCGAGAGCUCAGCCCUCCUGCCACACGGGGCUUGAUCCUGGCCUUCUGUCCGCCAGGAGCUACAGGGCCACACCCAGGGGAGCACAGCGGUUCUGUGCCUUGCAGCGCAGCCUGACAAAGACCCGUCCCCGCCCCCCGCAGGCCCCGCCUCCUCGUCGCCGGGCGCCGCCAUGACGUCGCGGGUGUUGCUACGGCAGCAGCUGAUGCGGGAGCAGGCCCGGGAGCAGGAGCGGAGGGAGGCCCAGCAGCAGGCGUCCGCCGCGCAGCUCCGCCCCUCCGACCCGUCCCCCGCCAUCAGCGUGUCCGCGCCCAGCCCCGCCUCCCGGCCGCCGCCCGCGCAGGUGCCCGUCGAGGUGCUGAAGGUGCAGACGAACCUGGAGAACCCCACCAAGUACCACAUCCAGCAGGCUCAGCGCCAGCAGGUCAAGCAGUACCUGUCCACCACCCUGGGCAACAAGGUGGCCACCCAGGCGCUGGGCGUGUCGCCCUCUCCCCAGCCGGGCUCCGCGCCCGAGCUCACGGCGGCGGCCAGCAGCGCCCCCAACAGCCCCAUGGCGCUGCUCAACCUGGGCUCCAACUCCGAGAAGGAGAUCGAUGACGUCAUUGAUGAUAUCAUCAGCCUGGAGUCCAGUUUCAAUGAUGACAUCAUGUCUUUCAUCGACACCUCCCUGCAGAUGCCCAAUACGCUGCCGGUGUCGGGGAAUCUGCUGGAUGUGUACAGCGGCCCGGGCGUGGCGGCGCCCGCCAUCACGGUCAGUAACUCCUGCCCGGCGGACCUGCCCAACAUCAAGAAGGAGAUGACCGAAGCCGAAGCGAAGGCCCUGAUGAAAGAGCGGCAGAAGAAGGACAACCACAACCUGAUUGAGAGAAGGAGGAGAUUUAACAUCAACGACCGGAUCAAGGAACUGGGAACUCUCAUCCCAAAGUCCAGCGACCCGGAGAUGCGCUGGAACAAAGGCACCAUCCUGAAGGCUUCGGUGGACUACAUCCGCAAGCUGCAGAAGGAGCAGCAGAGAGCCAGGGAGAUCGAGUCUCGGCAGAAGAAGCUGGAGCAUGCGAACCGCAGCCUGCUGCUCAGGAUUCAGGAGCUGGAGAUGCAAGCUCGCCUGCACGGCCUCGCGACCCCGGCGUCCUCCAUCGGCACCGAGCCGGCGGUCAGCCUCCUUCAGCCCCAGCAGAAGCAGGGCGGCCAGCAGCUGGAGCCCAGCUCGGGCGACGCCCUGUCCGCCUCUCUCCUUCCAGCCAGCAGCCUGGGGGGUGGGGCUGCCCUGCCUUUCCCCUCCUCCUACAUCUCCCCGCCCCCGUCCACCUCCCCGGGGGGCGUGGCCAUGAACAGCCCCCAUGACCUGGGCUCCCUGAGCUUCGCGGAGCUGGACGACUCCGCCGCGGCCUUUAACUCCGCCCUCAUGUCGGACGUGGGCCUGGGCGACAUCCUGAUGGACGAUGGGGGCGCCCUGUCGCCCGUCGGGGCCGCUGACCCCCUGCUUUGCUCGGUCUCCCCGGGGGCAUCCAAAAGCAGCAGCCGGCGCAGCAGCUUCAGCAUGGAGGAGGACUUGUGACCGAGCAGCACAGGCAGGGGGCGCUGUGAGGCCCUUGGGCAGCACCCGCCAGGUCUGUUUUUAAUCCCGAGCUGAAAAGUGAGAUGGACAAAAGGAGCGGAAAUAUACAUAUGAAUUCUAGAUAGCAGAUAAGAGUCGGGCUAUGUUUUACGGUUUCUCGUCUUUCCUGUUUGCUCAUUCUGUUUUUCCUGUCUGUGCGGUAUGAUAGCUGGGACGAAAAUUACGCUUCAUUGAAACUGUAGAAAAGAGGGAGUAAACGUUGAAGUCGGGGAUCUCGGCCUUCCUGCUUCGGGAGGAAAGAGUUGAGCCACAGAAGUCCUUCAGGGACUCUCACCCUAAACAGUGUCGUUUUAUUUCUUUUCUGAACGGACUGAAUGGGAUCAGGAUCCAGAAAAAAAUAGAAAAAUGCAUAUAUGCUUCUACACGUGUAUAACAGUGGCACAGCCACUAGCCGAUUGCCCCGGCACAGGGGCCUGAUCCCCUCCAGACUCUACUAGCCGAUUGCCCCGGCACAGGGGCCUGAUCCCCUCCAGACUCUACUAGCCGAUUGCCCCGGCACAGCGGCCUGAUCCCCUCCAGACUCUACUAGCCGAUUGCCCCGGCACAGCGGCCUGAUCCCUUCCAGUUUCGCCAUAGGGCACCAGCUCUUGCCUCCCAUUACAGAAGAGUCUCGCUAAGAACUUCUAGCUGCAGGAUUUUAAAUAAGAAAUACUUCGUUAAUUAACUGCAUGUCAAAAACAAGAGUCUCUCCUAUUAAGACUGACACAGAUGCUGCACAUGCAUUCUCAUUCAAUGCUGAGACGCACACAGGGUGAUAGAGAAUGCAUCUUACACUCUGACCCAACUUUCAUGUCGUUCUUGUGACAAAUCGUUUUUUGUGGAUAAACGGCAGAUACUCUGUGACUCUUCCAUGAUCAGGUUUUCUGUCUUUUAAAGGCGGACUUGCAGCUGUUUGUUCUUGACUAAAGCCAUCUGACACAAUUACAUUUGAUUGAUGAGAGGUUUGCUGCCCACGAAGGACAACAUGAUUUUAAAGGAAAUUGAAACUAAAAAGAUGCUGAUCCUGGGAAAUCAGGACUCCUGCCUUGCGAAGGACAAAUCAGCAGAGAGCAGUCAAGACACAAGGAUGUGUGCUAAACACUCCACUGAAGUUCUCUUUUAGAACUCGCCCUUAAAAUUAAUCGCUCAAUAAUUAAUCCUGACGAACCUGGUUUCCAGAGAGCAUGGCACAUUUCUUCUUAAAACCAGCACUUUUGUACAAUAGGUUUAGAGAGGAGUGCAGGGGGUUUCCAUAAAAGCCCAGAAACAGCGUGCUUCUGUUUAAUUUCUGAUGCACACAACGGCAGCAACAAAAAUCCAGGAAAACGCAACUAAAACAGUUGUAUUGGAUUAAGGCAAUGUCAGUCACUACUUAAAAAAAAAUUUUUUUUUUUAGUAUUUGAUUCUCAUUUCUAAAAUCAUAAUCCGGGCCCACACGAGUCCAGCCCGAUCAGCUUAGACCCAGGGGAACCGCUCCAUCUCUAGUGCGGCCGAACCGAGCCGAUUCGGGAUGAACUGGACAAAGGGCGAUUCCCAGGCCGGCCUCGAGCUCCAGCUGUCACGAAACACUCGGGAAGAAAAAGCACAGGGCACAAUCCCCCCCCACCUUUCUGAUCGGGAACACAGCCGAUCACAAGCACAGCGGAAACUGGGUCGGGCCCUGGGAUUGAUCUUUGGAACCCAGGUUCCUCGUGACCGAGCUGCAGUCUGGGUUCCUGCGGACAAAAUGUCUGCAGUAACUCCAGAAUAAUCUGCGUAGCAGGUUUAGAAUUUUGAAGGAUUUUGUGCCUGUUCAGCCUGGGGAACAUGUUUGCGGUAUACAGGGAUGGAGGGAGGUUUAGGGCGAGGUGCAGAGCCAGCUAUACCACUGGACUCUUUACACUUCCGAGCAGUGCCAAUAGCAACAGAGCAAUAGCAACGUCAACCGGUAACUGACGCCCAGCAGUCAAGUCUGAGUGCGCGCUCUCUUUAGGUCUGUGUGUAUAUAUAUAUACUGUGUAUAUCACAUACAAUGUAUUAGGAUGUGCUAAAACAAAAAAGGUAUAUAUUUUCAAAAAUGAAAGAGCAAUGUAUAAUGUUACAUUUUGUAGACUGUCUUAAAGGUCUCGAGAACUGAAGCCCUUAUUUUCCCCAUUGUGGUUUUAAAAGCCUAAUAACGACUUUCACACUGUGCGUAGUUUUAAAGGUUUUCUUUGAAAUGACUCAUUUUUGACCUGGAGUUUGACACCCGCAGGGUAGAAUCUGCACUGCGUGUUGGAGGCAGCGUGUUAGAAGGCUUGAUCGGGGGAAAAGUGGCAUCGCUUUUGGGGUGGAAAAGGACGUGUCCGGGACGUGUUCACGGGUCAUCGCCGUUUCGGGCCGUGUUGAGGCUCUGCAGACACGGGCGGCGGUCCGUGCCCGUCUCUGGUCACACUGAACCCAAGACGCACAUCUAUACAGCGUCUCCUGCAGGAGGCGGCCAGCCCGUGCAGCAGCGCCCUGCCCUGCGGGGGAAAUCCCAGUGCACCCCCCCCCCAAGCACGGCGGUCGGGGCCCAGCCGUUCGGAUAGUCGGAUCACCCCGGGAGCUCCCAUUCCAAACACACUGCCGGAACGAUCCUCCCUUUAGAACGCCCCGAUUCCAGAGCGCCUUCCAAAAAUCCACCGUAACGCUCCAACGCCAGGAAACGUUCAGAUGCGGCGAACGCACCUGUGUGGGAGCUGCUCCAGUUCCAGCCCCUCCGCCUCGGCACCCGUGGGUGAGGCUGCCGAUUCGGCCGAGCUUGUCCUCGAGCUCGGGGGGGGGGCCUGGGGCUGGGGGCCGCCGUUCCCCUCACCAGUCCUCCGGCCUCGCAGGGAGAGCGGCGGCCCCGGCUCUCCUUUUCUCCCUUGUUUAGCAGCACGCGCGGUAGAUCACCUGUCGCGAGGAAGCAGUGCGAUCCAAAAGAGAGGCUAAGAGGCCGCGGCUGCACUGCACUGCACUCGGCCCGUUUGUGCUGGCCUUCGUGGAGAUCAUGCCGACCGACUCCCACGUGCUCCGCGCUCCCAGGCCCGGGGAGAGCGAGUGCCGGGAUCAUCUUGAGCUUUGUGCCGAGAGGAAUCGGCCUACGGGACUGUUCAGUCGGUGUGACGCCGCUGUCUCCUUCCCGCUGGGCCCCGAGGUUAUCACCCAGCUCCGCAGGGGGGAGGGGGGCACUGAAGGCACACAGGGGACCCCCCCGACCUUCUGCACAGUGAAACAGAGGUUUUCGUCUUCCCCUGGCGGUUUUAAUGCACAGAAUGCAGCCCUGUGGCAGCAGCAGUGCCUGGCUCUCCUGUGAGCCCAGCUCCGUUCGGAAGAGCAGUGGGAAGUUGCCCAGUUCACAUGACAUAUGAGCAGCUCUGUGAAUACGGGAGGGCCCUGUGUGCGUAGUGAUGUACUGCUGCUGUGAACUGCUGUUCAGCACUGUUCGCAUAGUCUAGGUCAACAGCAUGGAAGUGUAUUUUUUCUAAGCACCUGUCGGAAAGGGAGCGUGCUGCUCAGUGUCCCAGCCCAGCGAGCCGGCCUGCUCUCUGCCCUGCGGGAGGGUGUUCAGUGUUCUGUGAAUGCUUUUCCCCCUCCCCCCCCAGCUUGCGUUUUGGAUUUGAACUGGCCGUUCUGCUCUGUGCCCUCCCCCGAGACAAAGCCGCGUGGCAGGCGGAGCAGGGAAACGCUCUGUUCCCUCCCCAGAGGCUCACGCAAAACUUAAAAGGGAAAAAAAAUCGAUUCCAGUCGAGGUGACCGGCCACUCCCUCUGUAGCUUUUCAAUUUUUUUU